AUUGCGACAGUUUUUAGUUGCACGCUUAGUUUAUGACAUCGUCUGCUUCCUGAACCUCAGAAUGGUUACACUUAAAGCAAGGAAGCGUCUUUCAUAUGUAACCCUCGGACUGUUCUUUUUGAUGGGAGGUAUUGAAUAUGCGGUGGUCCUACCUACUCUAUGGCUAUACAUCCAGGACAGGUUUAAUUCCCCGGAGUACAUGCUGGGAAUCCUACUGUCAGCAUACAGUCUAGCAGCCAUGAUAUCCAGCCCACUCCUUGGAAGGUGGGCUGACAGAUCACGGAAACCUAAAGUGAUUCUAAUACUUUGUGCAGUUGUACAGAUUGGAGGAAACAUCAUGUACUUCAUGGGACUAAGCCAGUGGUUCCUUCUGGCUAGCCGACUGGUUGUUGGGUUUGGAGGAGGAGGUGAGUCUGUGAUCCUCGGGGAAAUUGCACGAGUUACUACAGAACAGGAAAGGACUGGAAUCAUUUCCCUCAUGAUCUCUAUCAGACAAUGUGGCCUACUGUUAGGGCCAGGAUUGAACUUAUUCCUACGUUUGGCAGAUUUUCAUAUUGGACCAUUUCUGGUUGAUAAAUUCAGUGUACCUGGGGUUUUCAUGGCAGGACUUUGGGGCCUACAGUCUUUAUUUUUACUCAUUCUAUACACGGAUCUACACAGAAUCCAGGCUGAAUCUGUUGCCAAGGAGAAAAGUAAAACAAAAACUGAUACCAUUCAGAACUACAGUUCUAUUGAGAACUUAGAUUCUACAGAGAGGGAUUUACUUCACACUGUAAAUGAGAGUGACAAAAAAUACAUGGAAAUCCAUGGCAAGUCAUCAUCUCAGGAAGGAGCUGCUCUAUCAAGGACAGAUAACUCCAGAUUGACUCCAGUUCUUGGAGAAACUACCUCAACUACAGAUAUUUCUAAAGGCCAUGCUGUUCAGAAAUUGUCAUGGAAUUUUAUAUAUACAGAAUACAUCAGAGAAGAAGUGGUAGUCUUGAUGGCGGUGCAAUUCAACAGUUUUUUCAACCAAGUUGGCUUUGAAACAAUGGUGACUCCUCUAUCACAGAAGUUACUACACUGGGGAGAACUAGAAAACAGUAUCAUGUAUUGCUGUGCUGCUGUAGAGAUCAUCCUGGUAUUUAUGCUGGUACGCUACCUCAGUAACCGUCUUCAGGACCGCACCAUGAUACUGAUUGGAUUGUCAACACUUAUAAUGGCCUGUGGCUGGCUCGUCUAUGCUAUUCCCAAUAGUGACCCUGAUUCACCAUCGUCAAACCUUCCGAUGUUUAUCAUAGGGAUGGUACUUGAUAUGUUUGCUCUACCAUUCCUGGUGGUGUGUAGUAUAUCAUUAUACUCCAAGGUCACCAAGAAGGAGCACCAGGGUCUAAGCCAGGGGCUGAGGAGAAUCGUGGUGGGGUCGGGUACUAUACUGGGUCCCUUGUGGACAGGAUCUACACUAACUUGGCCCUACAUCAUGUUAGGGGUCAUGUUGGGACUUCUGGUCAUGUCAAUGGUAAUGCUGCUGUUAUCCUAUAGGAAGCUGGACAGAAAACUGGAACCUCCUGUUGUACCAUCAGUGGAUCCUGAUGAACAUGAGCCAUUGUUAUCAUGAUAGAGUGUAUCAUGUUUAUGUACAUGAAACAUUUCAUAUCUAUGACAUGGUCAUUACAGAUAGCAAAAGUUUCAGAAUUUAGGGUCAGGGCUUUGAAAGUACUGGAAUUCAUACUUAAUUUCUGUAAAAAUGGAAUUGUUUUCAAAUUCCUUACAAUGAAAUAUAGAAAACAUGCUGAAAAAGGUCAUGAAUUUUGGUAUGACAAACCUGUAUGAACCAUGCAUGGUAAGAAACUUCUAAUUUUACAAUUUUAGUUAAUUGAUGAAUUCUUAUAUUUCAUAGCAUAAUUAUUUUUAUAUUGAUGAUGACCUUAAGCUGAUUAUGGUCUAUAAUUUUCUUGGGAUGAAAUGUUUGGAGUUUAUUAUUAUAGCUUGAUAUAUAGCAAAAUGUUCAUCUCUGCAAGUAUUUCUAACAAUGUACUAUUUUACUCUUAAAUACCAGGGAAGUUCAUGUUUUGUACACGGUCAAACAAAUGCAAUAUGUUUAUCAAUUUAUUUGGAGAAAAAAUUUGAGUGGUGUUAAAAUUUUGAGACAUAUUCCAUCCCUUUUGUGUGGAAAAGAAACCACUUUAAAAUCUGUUCAAGCAAAUCAAUGGAUUUAAUAAUUCAAUUUUAAUAAAAUACAACUAAGUAGAUAUAUAUAUACAGCCAUUACCAUAUUCUAAUUAUUUUCAUAACUAUGUUGGUACAUUGUAUAAGUUAUCAAAAUUGAAUUUGAUAAGGAGACAGUAAAAUGGCAUUAAGACCUACCCUGAAAGGUCCCCUGGAAUUUACAAGACAUUGAUUAUAUGAAAAAUAUAUGUACAUGCAUUUUGUCCCUUAUUGUUAAUAUGAAGGAUAUAUUUUGUAUGUCAAGGGUAUACAUGUACUCAUAGUAAUAGCAUAUUGUUUCAGAUUUUAUCGUUAAUAUAUAUUUUCUUUGGUACACUUAUUUCAGAUAUGUUGUACACUUGUCUAUGUUUAACUCAAUUUUAGGGGCAGCGGUGGCCGAGUGGUUAAGGUGUCCCGACACUUUAUCACUAGCCCUCCACCUCUGGGUUGCGAAUUUGAAACCUACGUGGGGCAAUUGCCAAGUACUGACCGUAGGCCAGUGGUUUUUCUGCGAGUACUCCAGAUUUCCUCCACCUCCAAAACCUAGCACGUCCUUAAAUUACCCUGGCUGUAAAUAGGACUUUAAACAAAACAAACCAAACCCUUGAAAAACCUAUUACAUUUCUAUGAAAGUAGGAAACACCAUCAGUCUUAAUUAUGUUCAUUUUAAGUAAUGAUCCCUUAAAUCACCAUUGAUUGUUAAUUAAUUGGUUAUCAUUUAAUUAAGCAGAAUCCUAUAUGAAUUAAUAAACUGUAUUUUAUAUUGGUACUUAUUUCUUUUUACAUAAGUUUUGUUAUUUGUGUAUAUCAAAGUAU